AUGGCCGCAGGCGCUCAGCAGGGCUCAGCGGCUUGCUCGCAGGCGCUCGCGGUCUCGCGAUCUCGGUCCGAGUCGCGGGCAGUGCUCGAGCUCCUCUUGCCUGUGCGUGCGCCCAGGCUAGGCGAGGCUGUCUGCGCGCCUGCUCUGGCGCCGAGGGCGCCGCCGGAGCCGCGGCCCCUGGCCGUGACGCGCCCGGAGCUGCUGCCGGCCCUGCUCGGCGGCGGGCUCGCCCUGCUGGCUCUGCGCCCGUGCCUCCUCUGCUCUUCCGUCCGUGGGCUGGCGCCCGGGGCUGCGGGCCGACGGGGACGGGGCCAGGUACGCCCUGCGGCUCGGCCCGCUCCAGUUCCGCGACGGCAGCCUGGCGACCGACGGGAAGCUGAAAAGCGCCCCGCGGAGCCCCUGAUCCUCUACGAGUACGAGGGGUCGCCCUUCUGCCGGAAGGUGCGGGAGGCCCUCUCGAUGCUCGACGUCAGCUGCGAGAUGCGGCCGUGCCCAGGCGCGCGGUCGGGCUUCUCGCGGCAGCUGGCCGACCGCACGGGGCGGAUGACCGUCCCGUACCUAGUGGACCCGAACUCGGGGAGGGAGAUGUUCGAGUCCGACGACAUAGUGGACUAUCUGUUCGACGCUUACGGGCCCGGCCGGGGGGAGGUUCCCUUCUUCCUGAGGGAGCCCUUCUCCGCAGUGACCGGCGGCUACGCCACCAUGCUGCGUGGCCUGGCCGGCUCGAGUCCUGACCCUGCUGCCUUGCCAGGCAACACGGAGCGGAGGGCCCUGGAGCUGUGGGGCUACGACGCGUCGCCUUUCGUGAAGCUCGUCAGGGAGAAGCUGUGCUCGUUGAUGCUGCCUCAUGUCCUCGUCCCCUGCGCGCGCGGCUCCGCGAACCGAGACAUCAUGAUGGAGCAGACGGGCGUGCAGUUCCAAGUGCCCUUCCUGCGGGAUGCGAACACUGGUGUGGAACUCUUCGAGGCUGCGGAGAUCUGCGAGUAUCUUGAUGCCGUGUACACGGAGAAGCCGUGA